CACAAGUCAGCAGACGACAUUAGAAAAUAGUUCAAAAAUUUUGUGAACGAAUUUUUAGAAUAGCACGAGAUCAUUUGUCAUUACAUUCCGCCAUUUCCGUUCGAUUCCAUUAAGAUCAAAUUUAUCUACUCAGGAAGGUCACAGUCACCAGUAUAAUUAGGUAAUUUUUCAAUUAUGACUGAAAAUUGUGAAAGCGAAAAACCUUUGAAAAUAGCAAAGCUCGACGACACUAACGAUGAGGUUGUGUCAAAAAUUUCGCCCUCAUUCAAAACGUUUGAGGGAUUUCAAGUUAAGCGUAUUUUAAAAGAGAGUCCUGAGUCGAGAUCAAUAGUGGUUGAAGGUUCCUUUAGUGGGGAGGAUUCAGCUGCCUCUGUAAGCAGUAUAGUGAUUUUAGAAAAAACACACUUUACUGAAAAAGAAGUUUAUGGUAUCUUAACAAAGAGUACUGCAUUACAGUGUCUGUUUAACAAUGAUGUGUAUUACAAUUUUUUGUGCCACCCUCCAAUUCAACUAAAUGAGGUUAAGGCUACACUGAUUCACCCUGCAUCAGAGAAGCAUAUUGAAAAGUUUAGCACCAGAAAAAGUUUCCUAAUUGAAGAAACAGCAUUGAUAUAUCAAUCUGUUACACUUCUGCACAUUAGAGAAUCUAAGUUUGACCUUCAGUGGGUGUACAAUAUUCUGGAACACAAGAAAGAAGCUGAUAGAAUUGUGUAUGAAGAUUUGGAUCCUGAUUGUGGCUUCAUUUUGUUGCCUGAUCUGAAGUGGGAUUGCCGGUCAACUUCUAAUCUUUACUUAACUGGCAUUGUUUGCAAAAGGGACAUCAAGUCUAUUCGUGACCUAACUUCUGAGCACCUGCCUCUACUGAAGAAUAUUUUUGACAAAGGAUCAGCUGCCAUCACCAAAAAAUACGGUUUGGAUAAAUCAGAGCAACGCAUCUACCUCCAUUAUCAACCAUCGUAUUAUCAUUUACAUAUUCAUUUUACAUCGCUCCAAUUCACCCCGCCAGGGUGCAAUGUUGAGAGAGCUCAUCUGCUUUCAAACGUAAUACGAAACAUUGAAUUAAAAAGUUCCUACUAUCAGGAGGCUUCGCUGGAUUUUCUCGCCUUUGAAGGAGAUCCGCUACUGAAAAAGUAUCAUCAAUAUAUCGGCCUCAGUAGAGAUGGAGAUUAUUAGUACUCUGUGCGAAGUACACCCACAACUUCGAAUUGCAAACUUGUACAUACGAUUAUCCUCUACUAACAAGAUCUUGAACGCAGCAUCAGUAUUGGAUAAUUCAGUGUGUUUUGAGGCAAUCGAAGAAGAAACUGCUCGGAUAGUUUUGAAGUUCCCUGUUUCAGUCAAGCUGCUUGAUAAUUACAAAAUCCAGCCUGUAAUCGAUAAAGAUUAUAUCCACCUUCGCAUGCCAAUUGGAGUACCGGAAGGAAUGAAAAGCGGAUCAGAAAGUGUCGAAGUAUUGGACUUGGUUGCCUUGUCGACCAAUGCGUAUAAAAGCCAAGGGAAAAUGUUUCAUCCGAUUAUAGGAAAAGAUUACCGCAUCCAGUGUGCUGAGUGUCAAUCUGUUCUCAUCAAUCGUUCUAAUUUCAAGCGUGUGUUGCCUUUGCCUCGCUCAUCGUGGAGUGAAGCCGCUUCCGACUGGUAUUGCCAUCGACAUGAUGGGGACGCGGACCAUCAACUGGUACCUCGUUCAACCGAUUGCCUGUUUGGAAGUUGUUACCAUGCUCUCACGACGAGUUUGCUCAUUGAAGGGAGCCUGGAAACUGCAGGCAGAGAAUUAUUA